CAUUAGGUAUGAAUAUGUGUAUGAUGCUUAUCACUUAUCACAAUCAAACUUCUUUAUUGUUCAAACCCUGUAUUUUAAUUUAUAAAACAUAAUGAUUUGCAGGUACUAGUUUCGGUUUCUUGGCCGUCAUAACUGCAAUGGCUGUGCUAUUAUACAGCAUCAAGAAACGAAAGCUCAUGAAACUAAAAGAAAAAUUCUUCCACCAAAACGGCGGCUUCCUCCUCAAACAACAACUCUCCUCAAACGAGAACAGUAUGAAAUCAGCCAAGAUCUUCACAUCCGAAGAACUCGAAAAGGCCACCAACAACUACGCAGAAGAUCGAAUCCUAGGCCGCGGUGGCUACGGGAUUGUCUACAAAGGAAUAUUCCCCGACCAACAAGUUGUCGCAAUCAAAAAAUCCCGCGUUAUGGAUCAAACUCAAAUCGAACAGUUCAUCAACGAGAUGGUAAUAUUGACUCAAGUCAACCACCGCAACGUAGUCAAACUCCUAGGAUGUUGUCUUGAAACCGAAGUUCCUUUAUUGGUGUAUGAGUAUGUCUCCAACGGCACACUCUUCCACCACAUCCACCACAGUGGGAACAAGCCUUGGUUUUCAUGGGACAGCCGUUUGAGAAUUCUGACAGAGGCUGCCGGUGCAUUAGCAUAUCUCCAUUCAUCAGCCGAAAAGCCAGUCAUACACAGAGACAUCAAAUCUCCAAACAUACUAUUGGACGAACAAUACACCGCCAAGAUUGCAGAUUUCGGAGCUUCGAGAUUGGUUGCCAUUGACCAGACAAUGAUCUCCACUCUAGUCCAAGGAACACUAGGUUACUUGGACCCUGAGUACUUCCACACGAGCCAGCUCACGGAAAAAAGUGAUGUCUACAGUUUCGGAGUGGUUAUUGCUGAGAUGAUGACUGGGCGAAAGCCACUAUCGAACACGGAAAACGAUAAAGAAAAAAGUCUUGCCACUUUUUUCGUCAUGUCGGUGAAAGAGGACCGUUUGUUCCAGGUUGUGGACCCGCGUGUGAUGAGAGAAGGGAGUAUUGAGCAAAUCCAGGCAGCUGGUCAGCUAGUGAAGAGAUGCUUGAAGAUGGAGGGUGAGGAGAGGCCGACCAUGAGAGAGGUGGCUAUGGAACUUGAAGGUUUAAGGAAGUUCAGCAAAAAUCCUUGGGCUCAACAACCACCUGAAGAGCAAGGUGCCCCGUCAACGAGCGAGCAAGCCGAUCUAUACGCAGUGCCGAUAAGUCAAGAUUUCAGUACUGGACAGUAUUCUGGAAUGCAGAGUUUGGAUAGCCGUAUGAUAUAUCCGAUCAACACCCCUCGUUGAGUAGUGAACACAGUAAUUCACUCACUACUUGUUCCAUUUUACCACCACCAGGGGUUUUUCAGUUGUUGUAUAUUUGUUUACAUGUUUUUCCUUUUCAUCUUUCACAAACUAUUUCAUUCUUCUCGUAUGUGUUUUUCUCGUGUGCAAACGACUUUUUUUGUCAGCUCUAUUGAACUUUCUGUGAAAUAAACUCUUUGGUUUGUUGUAAUUGCAAUCAUUUCUUUCGUUGUAUGGAUU